CAAUGUCUAAAGCCACUGUACUGUCAAAACUUGAGUGUAUAUAUUUUUAAUGUUUUUGAUAUAGACUGAAAUUCUAAUGUUAUUUUAAACUACAUCUUAAAUAUUGUGUCUGUAAAUAGUACAUCACUCAUUAUGUCCAGAAGCUAUGUUCCUACCCAAGAACAAAUAGAAGUAUUAGUCGACUUCAUAGAAAAGAGACGUUGGCUCGCCACCGGUCAUGCCAGGACUACCCACGCGAGGCAACGCACACGAACUGCCUGGCAAGACAUUGCCCAAAAGCUAAACAGAGUGGAGUGUGGCUGUCGGAAAACGUGGCAACAGUGGGCUAAGUAUUGGAAAGACAAAAAGGGAGCUAUAAAAAGAAAAGUGAUUCAAAUGCGGACCAACAAUAAAACACAGACCGGCGAUGAUGGAACCGAAGAAGUGAUCACUCUUUCCACAACAGAAAAACGUAUGGUGGCCUUGAUAGGCGGAAAAGUUUAUGCAAACUGUAAUAAAGCAGAAGAAAACGAUCCAUUUAAUAAUUUCAACCUUGGGGAAGAUCGCGAAGAGACGAAACCUUUUGAUAUUGCCUUUUUAAAUGACCCAACACCCGGAGCGUCUGAUAGAACGGAUUAUGAGCUUAUACGUAACAGUGAAGAAUUGAUGGACGAAAAACCAUCUAUACGAAAAAAUUCUACAAGGAAGGAAGCCAGUGAUACACCUACACCUCGGCGACGUCGGUUGAUGACUCCGUCACCCCACAGACAGUGCCAGAUGGUGGAUUUCACCGAACGGAUCAUCGCCAUUGAAGAAAGGCGGGCUGAGACGGAACGGAUCAUAGCUCAGUCACAGCAAGAACUAGUGGGAGUGCUACGACAGAUGAGUGAAGCGUGGACUAUACAGAGUGCGGCAAUAAAAGAAUUAGUUUCGAGAUUAAGUAAUAAAUAAUAUUUAUAAGAU